UGCUUCAAUCCCCUUUACUGCUCUCCUUUUCUCUCUCUCCCUUCGCAAUUCUCAACUCUCGCGUGUAACUUCCGAGCACAAAACAGAGAGCGCCCUCUCUCUCUCCUUUCUCUCCCUAAAAAUACCAAAAAUCAUACGAACAAUACACAGAGGCUCAGACUCGGACACCACCCAUAAUAUACAAGCACUACAAGACUCUGAGAGCAAAACACAGAAGAAAUCUGCUACCUUUAUCAUCAUCUAUCCCAUUCUUCUGCUUCUUGUUGUAUCACUUAUCUUUAGAGAGAGAGAUCCUCCUCUAUCAUUCUGCAUUGCCCACUUUGCAGUGGACGAGGGUUUUUGUUGGAUCGCAACUGGGUACUGCUCCAAUUCUGCAGUUUUUGACAAAUUAGGGUUUGAUCAGUGCAAGGAACUGAAUAGUAUUGGGAUCAUCGUGGCCCUGCAUCGAAUGAGCAUAAGCUCCGAUCUUUCGGGGAAUGGAAUUGUGUAUUUGGCAGUGCUGGGGUGAGUACAUGAACUCAGAGAUUGCAUAGAAUAAUGGAAAGUGUUGUUUUUCUGAGCAUGGAAGAAGAUUGCACAUAUUGAAUUCGGUACAGGAGUGAUCAUAGACUUGCCGAAUCGUUAUUUUGAGAAAAGGGCUUCUGGGUUUUUGCUGCUUUUACAUGCUUGAUCUUCAGCUGGGAAUCAAUCUUGUUUUGUUAUUUGGUAAUAAGGAGUAGCUGAUGAUACUGUAUUGGCCCAUAAGGCAACACAGACAAUUAGGUUGCGGUGGACUGUUUUUUGUUUCUCAAAAAACCAUUCGGGUUAACUUAGUUUGAACAAAAUUCUUGGUAGACAAGCUUUUGGAGUAGUUAGUUCAUGGUUUUUGUUGGAUUUUAGUUCAUAUUUGUGUUGCAGUUGUUUCUAUUGAGGUGGUCCUGUGCUGAGCCUUGAUUUUUCAAGUGAGUUUGGUGUGAUAUCUCAUUUACCUUCCUGCACAUCUAUGUGGAAAGGAUUAAAGGACUGGUUGAAGUGACUGAGAAGCUAAUGGCAGGUUUUUGAUGCUGGGAAUGAAUGCGGGGACAUGGUGCAUGGACAGGAGCAUAGUUGCUGGUUCGUUCCCUUUCUGGAACAGUGCUGUUGGAAACUAAUUCAGGAGUUUUCUUCUUUGGAAGAUACUGGUUUUUGGUACUGUCAGGCUUUAUGCAAUGUCGCGCUGCUUUCCAUUUCCUCCACCUGGAUAUGAAAAAAAGGCUAGGACAGAUGAUGUGGACUUGCUGAACAAGGAGAAACACAGAGAAAAGAAACCUAAAAAGGAAAAAAAGGACAAAGAGAAGAGAGAGAGUACAGACAAAAGUGAUGGAAAGCAUCGGGAAAAGAAGGACAAGAAGGAAAAAAAGAGAGACAAAAAGAAGGAUAAGGAGAAAGAUAGGGACCUGGUUAAAGACAAAAUUAGUACUUCAGAUGAGAAGAGAGUUCCAGGAAAAACAGAGGGUCAUGGUGAAGAGAGAUGCAUUCAGAAAGAGUACAAGGGCAACUGUUUUGACAAGAGCUAUGCAGGGCAAAUUGGAGGUCAUCAGGCAGAGAAACUCACUCAGUACCAUCAUCUGGCUGAGCAAAACCAGAAUUCUGUAUUGGUGGAGUUGGGUAGGAGGAGUAAAGAUGAGGCCAGGGCAACUGGUAACUAUCUCGCUGAGAAGAUUACUGAAUCACACCGAAAGAGGGAUGACAUUUUGUCCGAAAUUAAGGAAAAGAACAAGGACAGGAGAGUUGAUGACAGAAGGACAGAUGGGCAAGGUGUCAGGGGUGCAGCACAGGUUGGUGGGAACACGAUGGUUCAGAAUCUUGUUGGUAUGGUUGAACCUAAAGUUGAAGGACUUUCCAGACCAUUGGCAAGCAAUGUGGACAGAAAGAUUGACGGAAAAGAAAAGGCCAAAGAGAAGGAAGGUGAUGAUAAACGAGGUGAAAAACGCAAGGACAAAGAUAGAGAGAAGAAAAAACAAGGGAAAGACAAGGACAAAGAUAAACAGAAGAAAAAGGAAACGAAAGCAAAAGAGAAAACUGAAUCUAAGAAUGGAGAGCCAGAUAAAGAGAAGAAAAAGGAAGCGAAAGCAAAAGAGAAAACUGAAUCUAAGAAUGGAGAGCCAGAUAAAGAGAAGAAAAAGGAAGAGAAAACAAAGGAGAAAAAUGAAACUAAGAAUGCAGAGCCAGAUAAAUUAAGACAGAGCGAUAAAGAGGAUCACAUAGAUUCCCAUAGUGUCGUAACCUCCCAACUUCCAAAGGACAGCAACAAAACUGCUGGCACUGAUGGAAAUCCGAAGAAAAGAAAGGACAUACAGACGAAUGGAGUUGUGCAUGCCAAUGAUAUUAGGCCCAGUAAACUGUUGAGGCCUUCCUCUUCCUCUCAUUCAUUGCUUGUAAAUGGAAGAACAUUGGAACCUUCCCAAACUUCCAUCCCAUAUGUGUCAGAUAGGCUGGGUGCAGCAAAUAACAUUAAGGUGGACGUUAAGGACUGCAAGAUAAAUGGCAUUGUCGAAGCUCCGUCAUUGGCUGUCUCCACUGCAAAGCUGACAUCUACCGCUACACAGGCUGUUCCUGUUGCUGAAGCAUGCAUGAGACCACCCCAUCCGGAUUCCAGAUAUCUAAGCCAUGUUUAUAUGGUUCCGAAAUUGGACAAAGUGCCUGAUCAUGAUGAUCAAGAUUGGUUGUUUGGGUGCAGUGAUGCCCAAUCAAAGAGACCCCAGGUGGAAUCUUCACGGGUUGCAGAGACACCUGAGGUAUGGUCAGAGGUUCUACGGAUAGAGUCAGCUGAUGUUCAUGCUCUGCCGUAUGUCAUUCCAUAUUGAACAACUCAAAUGGGCAUGUUUCACCUCGCAACUCUGGUUCGGGCAAUCCGUUGAUAGUUGAUAGGACCACACUAAAUCGAAGCUACAAAGGCGUCUGGGCACCUUUGACGGUUCUGAGUUUUCUAGCUGCAUUAAUGUGAUUGCAGUAUUGCAGUGGUCAUGACUCAACACGUCUCAAACACAAAUGUCACACUCAACACGUCGCGGGACACACACAACACGUCAUGGCAUGCUCCGGGACGGGGCUGGCAAUUUGGAUUCAAGGGGCGGUUUUCCCCAACAGCUAAUUCAUUCAAAACGGAAAGUUUCAUAAACGCGACGAAGCGUAAGGGGUGCGUAGAAAGGGAGAUAGAUACAUAUAAGGCUUGUGCAUUUUUUGUUGUCAUUUGGUUAGGAGCUGAGAAGCUCAUCCUAAUUGAGCAUUUAAGAGAACUAGAUGUGGUAUUAUUUGCAACUCCACCACAAUUUUGAUUUGUAACAUAGAACAGCUCCUAUUUACAUAAGUUGUAAGAUAGAAGAAGGAAAGGGGAAAGUAGUUGCAUAAUUCGUUUGGCCUCUCA